AGCUGUCAAUUUUAGUGUGUGCGAACUGCACCAGACGAAAGAUCAAGCAAUAUGUGGAAACCCGAAUUGAUUUCACUAUGCUUUGGGUUCCUUUUCCAGAACGUUCAUGGGCAAGAUGAAAAUUGUUAUGAUGACCAAGGUACUCCGAAAGUUUGUCUCCCACUCUUUAUGAAUCCUGCUUUAGGGAAGCCGGUAGAAGCCACUAAUACCUGUGGACAGACAGGACCCACAGAGUACUGUCCUCUAGGACAAAGGACAUGUAAGUUGUGUGACUCAACGGAUCCAGGGAACAGUCACCCCGCUAAUUUUAUAACGGACAGUAAUGAUUUUUACGGCCGAACUUGGUGGCAAUCGGACACCAUGUUGGAAGGGAUCCGUUAUCCAGUGGUAGUCAACUUAACUAUUGAUUUAAAAAAAGCAUACGAAAUCACCUAUAUGACACUGAGGUUUAAAUCUCCGAGACCAGAUAGUUUUGCCAUUUACAAGAAAACAGCUCCAGGUAGUGACUGGACGCCAUAUCAAUUCUUCAGCACCUCUUGUCAGACGACUUACGGGAAACAAGAUGUUAGUGGUCGCUGGCUCAUUCAAACAAGUGAACCAAACGAAGCCUUCUGUAAAUCCGAAUACGGUGAUAUUUUCCCAUUUUCUAAUGGCCGCAUACCAUUUAGUACGUUAGAAGGACGACCCGGGGCGAAUGAUUUCGAUAACAGUCCUGUUCUGCAGGAAUGGGUAACAGCCUCUGCAAUUAGAAUCUCUCUGACGCGAAUGAAUACGCUUGGGGAUGAAGAUUUUGGUGGUGAUCGGGCUCUCAAAUCAUAUUACUAUGCAAUUUCUGACUUCGAAAUUGGUGCAAGAUGCAAAUGUAACGGUCACGCCAACGAGUGCUACUUGCCAGAGAACCAGGUAGCUGACCAUGAAGUCUGUCGAUGUCAACACAACACUGGCGGUAUUAACUGUGAGACGUGUCUUCCUUUGUACAACGACAGGCCUUGGGCCCGUGCGACGGAAUCCAGUGCUAAUGAGUGUCAGCGUUGUGAGUGUAACGGCAAAGCGGAUCGCUGCUAUUUUGACGAGGAUCUCUACCAGACAACUGGCAGGGGAGGUCGCUGUGUUGACUGUCGUGAUAACACCGAUGGACCUCAAUGUGAAAGGUGUAAAGACAACUUUGUUCGAGGAGCAAACGGAGAAUGUGAAUCAGCGACGCCGGUUCUUUAAUAUUCAUCAAAGUGAUUCAUCAGACCUGAUCCCAUAUAAAGGAGGCUACACACACAAAGAAAGAUACAACGUCUGCAUUCUAACACCAACUGAUUAAUAACAUAUUAAAUACUACAAACGUAUUAUUUCUUUUAAGCUUAUUUUUUUAUAACUGAUAUUGAAUUGUAUAAAUAAACACUUUUUCGCCGUGUGCUUU